AUGGAUCUGCAAACCUCAGUUUUUCUUCUGUUCGUUCUUUUCGCUGAAGGACACUCUCUCCAGUGUUAUCAGUGCAGAAAUCGGGAUGAUUCUUGUUCAUCUCAAAUUGUAGAAACAUGUCACAGUGAAUCUGCCAAGUGUAUGAGUUCCACAUCAUUGCUACAGUCUGGUGGCCAUACUACUACGGUAAGGGGCAAAGGCUGUUCUGCUGACUGUCCUAGUGGGUCCCUUAAUUAUGGCAUUAUGAGAACUGUUGUAGCGUGCUGUGAGACUGACCUUUGUAAUGCCCAAAACACUCCAGAUCCCAGAACUAUGAUCCCUAAUGGAAAGAAAUGUUACUAUUGUGAUGAGAAGAGCUGUUUAAAUAUAAUGAGUUGCUCAGAGAGUGAAGACGGCUGCAUUACAAUAACACCUAAGAACCUGAAGGAAAAAGAGAACGGCCCAGAGGUCAUCUCAUGCUGUUCAGGGAACCUGUGUAACGGUGCUCAGAGUGUCACUCACAGCUUCCUGUUCCUCUUCUGUUCUCUGCUCUCCUGCAUCCUGUUGCACUGAGUCCAGCAGCUCUUCACAUUCUACAAUGAGACACACUGUACUGAAUAUAGAGCUUGUAUUCACUCUGUACUAUCUCUGGUGUCUUUAUGUGAUUUUUUAUUUUAUGAAACAAUAUUACAUCACCUCCUUUCUGGGUUUAUAUUUAUCAAGGUUGUUAUGCUUUAAAGUCUGAAAUAUUUUAAGUACUGCACGUAAUGGGUGGAGCUUGAAGAUCCAACCACACACCAUAACUCUAAACAUAAAUAGGUCAAGCCCACCCAUUUAACCAAUUUGGUUCUGCAGUGAGCACCACAAAUAGGCCUAUCAAUAAAUGGAAUGUGUUCAGCAUUCUGCCCAAAAAAUUCAAAUGAUUUAUUAAGAAGACCUCAA